UUUGAUAUUUGUAAUUUUGUAUAAGAGAUUGCAGUGUUUCUUAUUUUGUUCUGAUACUGAUCGUUCGGCCAGGCUUGUGAGGUAGAAAGAGUUCUUUGCAUAUAUAUAUACAAUAGACCGCAUAUCACCCACUCCACAGAAGCGCGCCAGUACAGUUUAUAAUUAAAAUUAUAAUCGUACCACUUUAAACUAAACACCAUGCCGUACGAACACAAUGUACCCGUCUUCGAGAUCGCCUGGGAAGUCGCCAACAAAGUUGGUGGUAUAUACACAGUCAUUGCGACCAAAGCUGGUGUGUCUGUGAAGGAGCUAGGAGAUCGCUACUUUUGUAUUGGACUGGUGAAUCACACUCAGAUUGAGACUGAAGUUGACCAACAUGAUCUCAAGAAUGCGAAUGUUAUGGCGGCCGUAGAGUCUAUCCGAUCACAGGGCAUAAACGUGGUCACCGGGCGAUGGCUGGUCGACGGAUACCCCCAAUGUAUCUUGUUUGAUCUGGCAACCGCCGGCUACAAACUGAACGAUUGGAAGUACGAUUUAUUCGAAAAGUGCAAGAUUGAGUUGCCCGACAAUGAUCUUGAGACCAACGAUGCUACACUCUUCGGAAAUUUGACCGUGCAAUUCCUGCAACAUGUAUCUGAGAAUGGCGCCAAAGACGGCGAGUUCCAGGCUAUCGCGCACUUCCACGAGUGGUUGGUAGGCGUAGGGCUGAUUCUAGCACGCACAAACAACGUGAAUGUUGCGACCCUAUUCACAACUCACGCCACCUUGCUCGGCCGAUACCUCUGCGCCGGAAAUGUGGACAUGUACAACAACCUCAGUACAUUCGACUGUGAUGCUGAGGCGGGGAAGAGAGGUAUCUACCACCGUUACUGCAUUGAGCGUGCCGCCACACACUGUGCGCACGUGUUCACCACAGUGAGUGACAUUACUGGGGAUGAAGCCACCCAUCUGCUCAAGCGUAAGCCCGAUGUACUCACACCCAACGGACUCAAUGUAAAGAAGUUUGCGGCUCUGCACGAGUUCCAGAACUUGCACCAGCAGUCCAAGGCUGUGAUUCAACAGUUUGUACGCGGACAUUUCCAUGGCAUGCUGGACUUUGACAUGGACAAGACACUGUUCUUCUUCCUUGCUGGCCGAUACGAGUUCCGUAACAAAGGGUGCGAUGUGUUCAUCGAGGCGCUCGCACGUCUCAACUACGAGCUACAGGAAAUGGGCAGUGACAAGACGGUUGUCGCCUUCAUUGUCAUGUCAGGCAAGGUCACUUCCUUCAAUGUAGAUGCCUUGGAGGGUCAGGCAAUUGCGAAGCAAGUUGAGGCGGCGGUAGAGAAGGUUAAAGGUAGUAUCGGAGUCAAGCUGUUGAAGGUCGCAGACGAGGGCCGCAUCCCCGACGAUAACGACAUCCACUUAGAUAAGAGGGACAUUAUGGAGCUCAAGAAGGCUAUUUAUAGUUCACGACGAAAGAACCUGCCCCCAGUGGUGACACACGAUCUAGUCGACGAUAAGAACGAUGAGGUACUCGAGAACCUCCGCAGGGUCAAGCUAUUCAACAACAAGCACGACCGCGUCAAGAUGAUCUUCCACCCGCAGUUCCUAUCCUCGACCUCCCCCAUCCUGCCCUUAGACUACGACGGCUUUGUGCGUGGCUGUCAUCUGGGUGUGUUCCCGUCGUAUUAUGAGCCCUGGGGCUACACCCCGGCCGAGUGCACGGUAAUGGGUGUACCGUCUAUCACCAGUAACUUGGCUGGGUUCGGAGGCUUCAUCGAGCACCACGUACCGAACUUCAACCACCACGGUACAUUUGUGGUCGAUCGACGGUUCAAGAGUGCGGACGAGAGUGUCAACCAGCUUAAGGACUACAUGAAGGACUUCUGCAUAAUGGAUCGGCGCGAGCGCAUAGUCCUGCGUAACCGUGUCGAGCGGUUGUCGGAUCUGCUGGACUGGAAGAGUCUGGGUGACUACUACCGCUAUGCACGACAACUAGCGCUACACCACAAGUACAACUAUCCCCUGGAAGGACCACCCACCAUUGAGAACAGAAACUUCGGAGAUACUUCCGGAAAGCUGCCAGAAGAGCUCAAGGACAAAGACGGCAACGACAAAAUCACACUCGAAGAGUUGCGCGAUAUGAUGGCGAAGAUGAUGAGAAGAGGAUCGAUGGGUUGAAACCCUGUAACCCAACCUCAGCGACACUACAUUUCUCUGUCCCAGCCGUAAUUAGUCGUAUCAAGUAUUUAAGAAAUCCUUUGGAUUAGGAUGUACCAAUAAAAAAGUUUGCCGUAGUACAACACGG